ACAAAACCAAGAUGUAAAUCUGGGCCAAACCAAUAGGAAAGCGGAAGCUAACAUCCACUUCCGGGGCACGUUCGGAAGCCUCCACGGAGCUGGAGAGGCUCAGCCGCUUUCCCAUAGGCAACGCACGAGGUAGGGGCGGGGCUCCUCAUGCACGCUCCCCGACUGCCCGCCGGGCUGGUUCUGCGCAGGCUCACAGGAAGCGCUGGCCAACUCUUGCAUCCGGAGAGGGUUUUCUCUGCCUGUCCGCGGCGUGGAGACCCGCCAACUCUGCAGCCGGGCUAUAGCCACCCGCGGGGUCGGUGCGCCCUCCGCUCCCACUGCAAUUGGAAGAGUUUUGACUAGAUAUGAGCGAUUUCGGGGAAGAAUUGACAAAGCUUGCUGUGGCAGAGGAUGGCAAGAGAGAAACUUCUGUGUUCUCUAAUCCAGGAAUGCACUUCCCGUGGCUUCAGAAUCGUGUAGAAACUGUAGUGACUGGAGGGAAGAGGAAGAGGGACUUCACUCAGACGACAAGCGCGUGUUUAAGCUUUAUCCACGAAGCCCUGCUGAAGCACCAGUGGCAGCGGGCUGCGGAGUAUAUGCACAGUUACUUACAGACCCUGGAGGAUUCCGACCCCUACAAGAGACAGGCUGCCCCUGAGAUCAUUUGGAAGCUUGGAAGUGAAAUUCUAUUUUAUCACCCCAGAAGCAAUGUGGAGACUUUUAAUAGCUUUGCUGACCGGAUGAAAAAUAUUGGUGUCUUGAAUUAUUUAAAGAUCUCCUUACAACAUGCAUUGUAUCUUUUACAUCACGGAAUGCUUGAGGAUGCAAACAGAAAUCUCAGCGAUGCAGAGACAUGGAGAUAUGGGGAAAAGUCGUCCUCUCAGGAAGUGUUGAUCAACCUUGUUCAGGCCUACAAAGGGCUUUUACAGUACUACACUUGGUCCAAAAAGAAGACGGAGCUGUCAGAGCUUGAUGAAGAUGAUUAUGCUUAUACCGCAAAAACCCAAAACAUGCUCAGCCAGAGCUGCAAGACGUCUGCAAAUAUUGGUGCACUGCUUAAAACUCCUGGGGUUUGGGAUCCUUUUGUGAAGAGUUAUGUGGAGAUGCUGGAAUUCUAUGGUGAUCAAGACGGAGCCCGAGAGAUACUCACCAAUUAUGCGUAUGAUGAAAAGUUCCCCUCAAACCCCAAUGCCCACAUCUACUUAUACGAAUUUCUCAAGAGAGAGAAGGCACCAAGAGCCAAACUGAUAAGUGUUCUUAAGAUUUUACACGAGAUUGUGCCAUCUCAUCCACUAAUGUUAGAAUUCCAUAUGUUGCUUAGAAAAUCAGAGACAGAAGAACACCGGAAGCUGGGCUUGGCUGUGCUGUUUGAAGUCCUGGAUUUUGCUGGAUGCACUAAGAACAUAACUGCCUGGAAAUACUUGGCAAAGUAUCUGAAGCAGACACUAAUGGAAAGCCAUCUGGCGUGGGUGGAAGAAGAGUGGAAGUCUAGGAGAAGCUGGUGGCCAGCCUUUCACUUCAGCUGCUUUUGGGCAAAGAGCGACUGGAAGGCAGACACUGGCUUGGCUUGUGAGAAAGCGUUUGUAGCAGGAAUCCUUUUAGGAAAAGAUUGUAGAUAUUUUCGGUAUAUUUUAAAACAAGGCCGUGAAACCUUGAAGAAGAAAAUAAAGUGGAUGAAGAAGUCUGUGAAAAAAUAUAGUAUUGUAAAUCCAGAUGUUUGCACCUAGAUUGCUUGUCUACAUGCUGGUAAUGGGAUGUAUGCCUAACUACCUCUGAGAAUUAUUUUGAAGAUUGGGAGAUGAGAUGUGAGAAGAUGCUCUAUAGACUGGUGCAUGGUAUGCACACAGGAGCUGCUUUCCAUCAUCAGGUUCAUCUGUUCAUCUGCAGACUUCAAGAGAGGAGCAUGGCCUACAAAUGGACUGCAGAGAGACUGUAAGCUACAGGAGGACUGUAGCUUUG